AUGUGGAGAUCGCCGAAUCCUCGAAUGGACGAAGAUAAAAGAAUAAAUGAGUCGAAAGCAUCGCAAUCUCAUAAAUUCCCUUACAAACCUUCUGAUAAUAAUCCAAGGCCAAGAGACCAUAACGAUUCCAAUCAUUCCCAUAAUAUAAACUUUAAUUUUAACAAUAAACACAAUUCUGAUAAACAUUUGAAAAGAGAUUUUAAUAAAAAGUCCGACAACUAUAAUAAGUCGGAAAAUUAUAAUAAAUCUGAUAAUUAUAAUAAGUCAGAAAACUAUAAAUCAGAUUAUAAUAAAUCGGAUAACUACAAUAAAUCAGAAAAUUAUAGCAAAUCUGAUCAUUAUAAUGAAAAACAUUUGAAAAGAGAUUUUAAUAAAAAAUCCGACAACUACAAUAAGUCGGAAAAUUAUAAAAGGGAUAACUACAGGGGUGAGAAGAGAAGAUAUUACCAAGAUUACGAAAAUUCAAGGAAAAAAUCCCAUAAAUACAGUUCACACAGUCACAGCGGUAGGGAUAAAAAAUCAGAAAUCGGACGUAGUAAACGUCGUGAGACUGUCGUAAAUGAGGAAAUUAAUAGUCCCAGAACUCCAUUAUCUGACGUUCACAGCCCAUCAAAUAAGUUUUCUCCCCCUCCGUUACCGCCUUUCGAACCCCCAACAAACACCCGUAAUCUCAAUGAUAGUAAAUUCCCCAAUAAAUCCAAUAAAUCAGAUAAACAGGAUAAAAGUGAAACUCCACUGACAUUUGUACAAUAUUACGAAAAUAAAAUGAAUGAAGGAAAGUAUAAAGAAUUCGGCCCUGAUCCUAGGCUUACAGAUCAACUUUACGGCUCAAAGAUGGUAACGAAAUUUGAGAUUCCAACGCUAAAUUCCAACGUAUCUCUUGAGAGUACUUUAGACUCUCCAAGGUUCACUUUAAAGGUCAAAUACGACUCUGUUUACACGUUUGAUCAAUUUUUUAAAACACCUCUUGAAAGAAUAAAUGGAUCUCUUUUAUCACCAAGACCUAAAAUUAAUGAUGAGUGGUGGCUUAAAGGAUCGUUGGUAUUAAUGUUGAUUGGAAUUCCUAGGAAUUGGACUCCAAAUCAGGUCCUCUCACAUCUUAUCGGUUCACAUUUUAAACUCACCAACUCACAACAGAUAUUGUGUGAUGAAUAUGAGAGUGAUCUUGAGUCUGAUGACAUUAAUCGUUUGCAAUUGAAAUCCACGUUUAAGAAAGACUGUCAAAGUCUUGGGAUUAAGAAGUUCUUUUUGCUCUUUGGUGACGGCACAAAUGCUGUAAACGAAAUUCCACCGUACUUUCCAGUCAGUUUAAACCCAGAAGAGGGUAAAAAGUUUCCAUCAAAUGAUUCUCAAGAUGGUAGGAAGUUUGUACCAAAUGACGUGCCAGAGGGGUUGGGAUUAAUACUAUUUGAGAGUGAAGAUUACGCACUUAAGUUCUGGUCAGUUUUGGGUACCUCAUUGAUCCAGGCAUACCCUUCAACCAUGAGACUGUGCCCGGAUCCCUCAGGCUGGAGAAUUUACUCAGAGGCCAUUUCCUACACCUUUACGACAGAAUUAUUAAAUUCACCAGCCACAGUCAGUAGAGUUAAGAAUGAUACUAUUGACUUGUUAUCUGUCUUAACAACUUCAAAUCCAAGCCCACCUUACAACUCAAACUCGCCUGUCAGUACCACAAUAAAUACAAAUAUUUCUAGUGCUGGUUCGAACCCUGGCGCCAAUGGUAAGCCUCGAGGCACAUUAAUAUACGUUUGCGCCUAUAUUUAUAGCCAAGAGGAGGCUAACAUGGUGGCCAAGAGUUUGGGUGAGUUUGGAGUGAAGUGCAUGUACCACAAACCCUCGAAGAUCAUGUCGUUACAGUUCCCAGAUGAAAAUACCCUACAAACCCUGUCCUUUGGUCACAAAAUCUUUACAACUCCUACAGGUUCUAGAGUUCAGUGUUGUUUCAUAAGGUGUAAAGGAAAGGCGUUACCAAUACUUAAAAGAGCAAAUUUAGAUCACCUAUCGAAUUUGUAUGAUCCCAAGAAGAAUACGCAGCUGAAGCCAAACAAAUUUAAACCGCCCUCCCAAGGAAUUCUAAUCGUUGACCAACUUUAA